AUGAGCGAAUAUUUAGGGGAUAAAGAUAUAAAUGGAAAUUAUGAAAAAAAUAGGCAAACAAACAAAAAGGGAGAUCAAAGCAUUUUUGAUAUUGAAUCUGAUAAGCAUGACCAUUUAAAUUCCAAUGGCUUCUUAAAAGGGGUAAAUCAAAUUAUGGAAAAUAAUCCAUUAUUAGUUAAUAAUAAUAAAAUUGGGAUACCCAAUAAUGAGGACAUAAUGCAAAAUAAGAAACGGGAGUCUGAAAAUUUGCACACAUUUUUAUCUACUGAAAAAGAUUUUGAAUCAAUGUUUGAUAAUUACUCAAGUUCAAAUGAUGAAACAACUGAAGUAAAUAAAAUAAAUCGAUAUAAAAAUGAUAAUGAAAAUUGUGAUAUAAGUGAUAAUAAUGAGGAAAUAUUAAGUGACGAAAAUAAUCGAGACGGUGAAGAAGAAACUACAUUUGAUAAAAAUAAUUGUCAAGUUGUUGUAAGAAUUCGUCCAAAGAAAAAAGAAGAUAAAUUAUGUGAUGAUCUAGCAAAAAAUGUAAAUUGUAAUGAUGUAAAAAAUGUAAAAUAUAAUAAUAAUUGUAUAUGUAUAAAUAAUCAAAAAUUUUUAUUUGAUAAAGUAUUUAAAGAAGAAGCUCAACAAGAAGAUGUGUAUUCUUAUUUGUCUGAUAAAUUUUUAGACAAUUUAUUUGAUGGCUACAAUUGUACAAUAUUUGCUUAUGGGCAAACUGGGUCAGGUAAAACAUAUACUAUGGGAUUUGAUUAUAUAAAUAAAGUAACAGAAAAUGUUGGUAUUCUUCCAAGAUUUUUAAAUGAUAUAUUUAAUAUGAUUGAAAAAAAACAAAAAACAAAUAAUAUAAUAUUUGAUACAUCAUGCACAUAUAUUGAAAUAUAUAAUGAAGAAAUAAUAGACCUCAUCGAUUUUAGUGAAGAAGAUUAUGAUGAUAAAAUUGGAAAUAAAUGUAAUGUGCCAACUAUUAAUACUGUUACUAAUAAUAAGGAUUUAAAAAUAAAUAAUAAAAAAAAAAAAAAAAAAAGAGAAAUAAAUAAAAAUAUAUCAAUAAGGGAAGAUAUAAAUAAAAAGGAAAUAAUUUUAAUGGGGGUUAAAACUGCUAAAGUUUCAAAUGUAGAGGAUUCUUUUGCAAUUUUACAUAAAGGUAAUUUAUUAAGAACAACAGAAAGGACAUUUAUGAAUGACAAAUCAAGUCGAUCACACGCUAUUUUUACAAUUAACUUAAUUCAAAGAAAAAAUGUAAUAGUGGAAAAUGUCCCAACAAAUGAAGUAAAUACCGGUACAGAUAUAGAAAAUGCAAAAAAUAUAAAAAAAGGAAAUCAAAAAAUCAAUAAUGAUAUAAACGAUCCUACUAAUGCACCUUUGAAUGAACGAGUAAUGAUUACAUCCGAACCAAAUAGUGCUAAUAAAAUAGAGGAGAGUGAAAAAAAAGAAGAAAUUAUUUGCUCGAAACUCCAUUUUGUUGAUUUGGCAGGAAGUGAAAGAGCAAAAAGAACUGAAACAAAAGGAAACAGAUUAAAAGAAGCAAUAAAUAUUAAUUAUGGUUUGUUGUCAUUAAGUAAUGUUAUAUAUGGUUUGUCUAGUAAAAAAAAAGUACAACAUAUUCCAUAUAGAAAUUCUAAACUAACAAGAAUAUUACAAGACUCAUUAGGAGGGAAUAGUAAAACUGUUAUGAUUGCAUGUAUAAGUGUUGAACCUUCUGAUUUUUAUGAAACCUUUAGUACAGUUAAAUAUGCUGCAAGAACAAAACAAAUAAAAAAUAAUCCAAUAAUAAACUAUGAUAUGAAUAAUUUAAUAAUUAAUGAUUUAAGAAAACAAUUAUUUAAUUUAAAUUUAGAAUUAAAAAAAUAUAAAGUUGAAUGUAAAGACAAAUAUAAUUUUAAUGAUGAUAAAAAAUUAAAAGAAUUAUCUGAUCAAAAUUGUAAACUUUUAAAAAAAAUUAAAAAUCUAAAUAUUAAAAGAAAAAAAUUAAUAUGCUUAAUAUUUUAUUAUAUAUCCUUAAUAAGAAAAAAUGAUAAUCACCAGGAAGACUCUACCACUUGCUUUGUUAAAGAUGUAGAAUGUUGUACUUCCCCUAAAUCAGCUAACAAAGAAGAGAACAAAAAUGAUAAACCCUAUAAUUUAAAUUCGAUUGAAAACAGUAAAAAGGAAGACAUCAAUGUAAUACCUCAUAAAAAUAACCAAACGGAGCUCGAAUGUGUAAAUGGUUUGACAAUAAAGAGAGACAUAAGUAGUACUAAUGAUGGUAUUGAAAAAAAUGAGAAGGAAGAGGUACCAAUAAAAUUAGAUAAAAUUUGUGGAAUGUGUAAAAAGAUAAACAUAAUCGAAAAUGAAGAGACUAACGAUUUCGAUUUUAGUUUUUUGGAAAAUAAACAUUUAUUUUUGAAUUUAGAAAAAGAUAAAAAAUGUGUAGAAGAUAUUUUUAGACAAUAUGAGUUAAAUAAAUUUAAUGAAAAAAAAUUAAAUGAUCUAAAUAAAAAAUAUAUUAAUAUAUUUGAAAAAAAUAAAGGAUAUGAAAAAAAAAUUAAUGAAUUAAAUAAAAUUAUUAAAAAAAUGAAAAAAGGUUCAAAAGUUAAAUUAAAUGAAAAAUAUAAUAAAACAAGAGUAGGGAAAUCAGGCAAAGAUCCUGAGGGUAAAAAUUAUUACAAUUUUUUAUUUUCCAAAAAGAAUAAUGAUAAAAAAAAAGUGGCAAAAAAAAAAAUAAAAAAAAGUUACAAUAAUACCAGACAUAACAUUGGUGAGGAAACAAUAAAAUCAGCUAGCUCUUUGAACAAACUUAAAAGUGUAUACAAUUUAUUUUUGCGUAGUAAAAUCCGGAAGGGCUAUUAUAGUGAUAUUGAAUUAGAAAGGGAAGUAAAAAAUAAAAUUCAACGAAAAAAAUUGGAAAAAGAAAAAAGGGAAUGCUACACAGACACAGAUAUUAGUAGUAGUACCAAAAAGAACACAACUUUUGUAGAAUAUAUAAUGAAUUAUUUAAAUAGAAAUAAAAAUGAAAAAGAUUUGUGCUUUCAAGUUUUAAGGGAAUAUAAAAAAAGAACAAAAAUGAUAUCAAAAAUGAAUAAUCAAAAUGGUAAGGAUGGGGAAACAUUGGAAAAUAUGGAAGGAAAUAAAAAUAGUUUAGAAGAAAAUGAUCAAGAUUUUGUCUUUUCAGAUUUAUUUUUUUCACGUAAUAAUAUUUAUGAGGAUUUAUUUGAUCCAUCAGAGAAAUUAAAAAAUUUUGAAAAAAAAAGUGGAAUUAAUUUUAAUAAUGAAAAUUAUCAUUAUUAUGACAAAAAGGAAUCCCAAAAUAAUGAAGAUCAAAUUUCUGAUAAUUUCGAUUCAAAAUUUUCAAAGGUUCUCAUAGAAGAAUCAUUACAACAAUUUAAAAAUUGUCAAACAAGAUUAAAAAAAGAACAAUUUAGUAGCAGUGAAAAUGAUGAAGAAAGUAAGGAUGAGUCUUGUGGAAGUAUGUACUCGAGCAGUAGUGGUGAUAGUAAUGUAUCUCCAAAUUUUUUGAAGAACAAAUUAAAUAAAUUGCAAAAAAUAAUAAAACAAGAUAUUUGCAAAAUCAAACAAGUUAAUAAAGAAAAGAAGGAAUACAACACCAAAAAUGAAAUCCUAACUAAUAGCAUUGUUGAUUUAAAAAAAAAAUUACAAUAUUUACAAAUAAAUAGUAAUAAUAAUAAUAAAAAUUGUAAAAAUAUAGAAUCAAUGAAGCAAAAUUUAACAAAAAUAACAAAAGAAAAAGAAAAGAUACAAAAAAAAUUAAAUGAAAAUGAACAGCAAAUAAAACAUUUAAAAGUUGAUAUCAUGAAAAUGAAAAAUAACUUUUUAAAAACAAGUACACUUUUAAAAGAAGAGCAAAAAAAACAUAAUAAUAUUAUACAAAAAAAAGAAAAUUUAAUAACAAAAUUACAUGAAAGAGAAGAAAUUUAUAUUAAUAAACUAAAAAAGAAAGAAGAGAUAAGUAAACAAGCAUAUUCUAAAUUGCUUAAACGUAAUAAAGAAUUGAUUGAGCAAUUAAAACAAUUGAAAAAAAAGCAAAAUGUUCAUGAUAAAGUUGAAAAAAAUGUUAAUCUCAUUCGAAAUGGUAUGAAUAAUAAAUAUAAAACAAAAUUAAAAAAAAAUGAGCAAGCUAUUGAAGAAAAGACAGACAAUUUAAUAGAUCAACCAAAUUUAGUUAGAGAAAUAAAUGUUGAUAAUAUUUCUUCAAUUACGAUAGAUGAAAAAGUAGAAAACAAAAUAAAUAUGAAUAUCAAUAUGGAAUAUGAUACUGAAAGUGAUAUAAAUAAUUUAGAUCGUAGUGGAGAAUGGGAAAUUUCAACCAUCGAUAGUAUCUUGUCUGAUUGUGUAAAUUCACCAUGUAAAAAUUCGGAUGUUUCAGUAUUGAUAAAAAAGAGAAACAGCAGUUUAGCCCAAUCAAUAAAUAAGAUCAAAGAUGAAGAAUAUGUGUUUGAGAAUAUUUUAAAAAAUGAUAUUAAAAAAAAUAAAUUUUUAAAAGAUUUUUUAAAAAAAAAAAAUAUAAAAAAAAAAAUAUCACCUAUAAGAACAAAAUUAGAAAAAGAAAAAUUUAUGAAUAAAAAUGUGUCUAAAAUAUUGGAAGCAUUAUAUGUGAAAAGACAAAAUGAGGGGGAAGAUAAUGAGAAGAAUGAAAUAGUAGAUGGGCAAAAUGAGGAAGGGAUAAAUUUGAUACUAGACAAAGGGGAAAGAAAUAAAGAUACCGAAAAAUUGUUAACAAACAAAUUUUAUGAAGAAAAAAUUGAUGAAGAUGUUUUAUAUUAUGAAGAGAAAUUAAAAGAAUCCAAUGAAAAUAUAAAAAAUUUAAAAAGAAAUUUGAUCAAAAAAAAAGAAGAAGUGAUGUUACAAAAAGUUGUAAAACAUUUAUUAAAAAAAUUAUAUUAUAAUUAUAAAAAACGGAAAGAAAAUGAAAAAAAAGUAAAUUCUUUAAAAAAGUUUAUUUAUUCAGAAAAUUUAUUUAUAUCAAAAAUUUAUAAUAAUUUUGUUUUUACAAAUGAUUUAUUAUUGAAUAAUUCUACUAUGCCACCACAUGAUCAACUUUUAAAAAAAAAUAAUUAUUUUUCCCAAUUUUAUUCAAAAAAAUUACCUAACAUAGAAAAUAUAAAAUAUGAUAAUAAUUUUAAAAAUCAAAAAAGUUGUGAAAUUCUUAAUCAGGGAAAAAAUAUUCUCAAUUCCAGUUUUUGUGAAGGUACGGAAAAUAUUACAAAUUUUAAUCCAAACAAUACUGCAUAUUUAUAUAAGACAAAUAAUUUAGAUACUGAAUUUUUAGAGAAUCCAAUCUCAAAAUAUAAAAGAAGGAAUACUUAUAGUUUAUAUAAAGAAAUAGGUGAAAAUUCUGAACAAAAUAAUAAUGAAAUAAAUUUAAAAAAAAGAAGUAAUAAAUCAAGAUUAAUGGAAAAUAUUUACUUAGGCCAUUGUAGCAAAAAAAGAAUGAUUUUAUCUAGUCUUACCAAUCCUAACAUACCAAAUGAAAAUAAUAAAAAAUAUUCAAACAAUUCACAUGAUGCUGAUAAAUUAAAUAUGGAAGAAAAUAGCAAUCGUUUUGUAGAUCCCAAUUCGGAUUGUAUUGCAUAUGAAAAUGAUGAUAAUGCACAAGUUGAAUUAUCUGACAAAGGAAUUGCUAAUCUGAUAAAUAAACAAAUAGACUCAAAGCAAUCUGGAAAUUUUAUAAAUUAUUGUGAAAAUAAUAUGGAAGGUAGACAAAAAUUGGUAGAAAAAAAUAAUUAUCCAGGAUUAAAGGUCUUAUUUGAUAUGCCCCUAAAUUCUUAUAUUAAACGUAAAUCAAUAGACAAUUGCUAUAUAUUAUAUUCUGGUAGAAAUGAAGAAAAAGAUGAAACUUAUAACGAAAUAGUGAAUAGUUUAGGGACACAAAAUUUACCUCAGCUUAUAUCUUCAAACAAUAAAAAAGAAGAUGCUACCUAUUGUGAGGCUGUAAAUAAAGAAUCCAUCAGUUUUAUCGAAAAUGCUGAAAAAGUGCACAAUCAAGAUAGUAAUAAUGUGACGGAUCAUACAAAUAGCCAUAUAAAUAAUGAGCACACCAAUCAAAGUGGUGAUAUAAACAAAGGAGAAACAAUCAAAAUUAAAAAAAGCAUAAACAAGAUUUGCACAAUGGUUCCCAAAAAAUGUAAAAAUAAUGGGAAUGACAAAAAUAUAUGUAAAGAAAUGGAGAAAAAAAGUGACAACAAUUUAAUAAAAGAGAAUGUUACAAAAGAUGGUACCGAAGCAAUAAAUACUAAACUUACUAAUAAUAAUGAUAAAGUAAAAAAUAGUUUGACAAUUGAUGGAAAGGAUAAAAAAACAAAAAGCCGAUCAAUAAACUUAAAAACAAAAAUAAGAAAAAUCGAAACAAAUAAUUCUAUGCCACCUAAAGUGCAAACUAUAGAUGAAGAGAAAAAACGAGCAAGUAAUAAUAAGCGUGAAAAAAAUAACAAAAAUUUAAUUAUAAAUAGUGGAAGAAAUAAUUUAUCUAACUUAGCAAAAGGUAUUGGACAAUCGAUAGAUAAAAAUAAAGGAAAUGAAAUGAACAAUGGAAAUUGUACUGAUGUUGAAGUAGAACGAAAUAAUUCAUUUAAUUGUGAAAUAGAUAAGGAAUAUUUAAAACAAAUGGAAAAAAUUCACGAAGAAACUAUUAAUACAUUUAAAAAUAAAAUAAAAGGUAUAACUAUUAAAGUUGAUACAUUAAGAGAUAUUAAUAAUGCAGAAGGAAAAUUUAUUGGAAAUAAUAUUAGCUUACAUAAUCGAGGGAAUAAUAUUUCUUAUGACAAUUAUAACUAUUAUGAAAAUUUAAAUACUUGUGGAGAAAGCUACAACAAUUUAACAUCAGAAAAAAGCUACAAAAAUGUGUGCAUAAAAAACUGCCAUAAAUAUGGAGUAACUGGUUUAUGUGUAAAGGAAACAAACAAUAGAACAUUACAAUUUUUAAGUAGCUCAUUAAAUAGUAUUAAAUUAUGGGAUAAUAAAAAAGAAAUAUGGAAUUAUGAACAUGUAAAUAUAAAAAAUGAAAAAAGUACAUUUAUAAAUAGCUUAAUUAUAUCUUUUCAAAAUAAUUGUUUUUUUGCUGGCAUUAAUAGUUAUGUACAUUUAUUUGAUAUUAGAACAAGUCCAAAAUUUUUACAAAAAUAUUAUUAUAGUGAUAAAAAUGAUGGUAGUUUAUUAAUUUCUCUUUUAAAUGAUAGAUCUAAUUAUAUUCCUCUUAUAUUGCACCAUGGAAAUUAUAACAGUUCAGCACACGACCCAAUGUUGAUGAGCAACCAAAAUGGACUAAUCGAUGAGUUUGGUGUUUUGUCUUCUUCUUUUCCCACGGAAGGCUCACAAAAGGAAAGUGAAAAUGAAAACAUUCAAAAUAAUCAAACUAAUAAUUUAAAUGAAAACGAUGGGCAGCAUAAUAAUGGAGAAAAUUGUGAAAAUGGAAAUAUUGAAGAUCAAAACUCAAAAGAUAAACUAAAAAUAAUAAAAGAGGUUGAUAAUUUUCAAUCUGAAUAUUGUAUAUGUGCAUGUGGAAAUGAAAAUUUUAUAAAAGUUUUUGAUAUACGAAAAAAUGGUGAUAAUAUGUGGCUAGCUAAAAUACCGGUGACAAAUAAAAUCGAAUAUAUAACACAUAUACCCAUGAAAAAAAAUACAAAAAAUAAUUUAAAAAAUACAAAUAUAUUAAAAAAUAUUAUAAUAGCAAGUCGAGAUAAAACUGUAAAAAUAUGGAAAAAGGGAUGGGUAUCUUUUUAUCCACCAUCUUAUGAUUGGUGUACAUCACUUUCCUAUUUUCCUCUUACGGAUUUGAUACAAAAUCAAAAUCCUUCAUAUAAUAUUAACGAAAAUUUUGAUGAAAAUAAAAAUAUUUUUUCAAAUUAUGAUUCAUUAGUUGUAUCUGGAAGUAGGGAUUCUCAUCUUCGGUUUUGGCUUUAUUCAACCGAUGGAACAUCAAAUGAAUUUAAUAGAUUUAUGAAAAUAAUUAAGAAUGCCCAUAAAGUUGAUAUAACAUGUGUAUCGAAAUAUCAAGGAAAUAACUUUAUUACAACAGACAGAGACGGAUUUAUUCAAAUGUGGGACUGUAAUAUUUUAUUUAAGGAAACAGACAAAUUUCUAGUGGGUAUGGACCUACAUAAUACAUAUAUGAACCUUAUGGUUAAUAAAAUUGGAAAAAUGUUCAGACAUUCCCCAAGUCCUAUCAAUAAAAUUGCCUAUCAUGAAAAUACCUUUUUAACAGCAUCGAAUGAUGGAUCAAUUAAAAUUUUUUAUGAGAAAUAA